AUGCACGACGAUUAUAAUGAGACCGCCGGGCCAAACUUUGACCUUGCCGACCUUUUUUCCAACUUCAACUCUUCAGACACCUGGAAGGUCGUCGAUGAUUUCUUGCAGCGGAUAAAAAACGGGAAAUUUGGUCGGCAUGGAAAAAUUGCGACAACCACUUUACCACCGGUGCUCGACGACGAAGAAGACCUCACCCUGUGCGACAGACUGUUUGUCGUGAUUGACCUGCUUCACGUGUACUACAUACCGGCCAUCGUCGUCGCCGGCGUGCUAUGCAACCUGCUCAACGUUGUGGUGUUCACGAGCACCUAUUUGCGGCGCCGCAGCUCAAGCUACUACCUGGCGGCGCUCGCCCUUUCGGACACUUGUUUCCUCAUCACGCUCGGACUCAUCUGGACCGGUGACUCUUUGGGUGUAAAUACUUUCAACAAGGAGGGCUGGUGUCAGGGUGUCGUAUACCUGAGCACCGCGUCGAGCUCCCUCAGCGUCUGGCUGACGGUCGGCUUCACUGUCGAGCGAUUCGUAGCGGUCAAGUACCCCCUGCAGCGGCCUCACAUCUGCACGGUUGCCAAGGCAAAGGCAGUCGUUUUGGGAACAGUCUUUGUCUCGUUGGUGCUGAGCUCAUAUGGACUUUUAACUGCUGGAGUGGUUGAGCGCGGCCACGGAGUUCAGUCUUGCGACGUUAAGCCGCAAUUCCGUGACCUCAUGAGGGUGGUCACCGUCAUCGACAGCAUCCUGACUUUAGCACUUCCAUCCGUCCUUAUUGGUUUGAUGAACAUGUUCAUCGUGCGCUGCCUUAUGAAGUUUCGGCAGCAACUGCGACUAGAUGGAAUAUCAAAUGAAGAGUCAUCCGAUCAGCCCUCCAACAGCAUGCCUAUGAUGCUUGCAGAAGUUGCAGCCUAG